ACUGGAUACGAGAGCCGCAGAGCAUGGUGGGAUAGCAAUGGCGCUGUCAUGAUAAAAUUUUUCGUAUCCCAGCUCACAUUUUCCUUCUUUAACUUGCGUAUGGUUUACAGGAGGCGUACGGGGCAUACGGAUAACGUGACAAAUCAGGUUUAGGUAAACUUUGACAGAUUCAUUGGGGCCUGGGUAGACAUACGGCGACGGCAGGAGUACUGAAAGUGCGACCACCACGCUCACUUGAAAAGGGGUGGGAGGGCGAGGGCAGAUAGUUGCUUUGGCCGCACUUGUUACUUAGUAGUUAGUUUGUGUCGCAGAGGAAGACCUGUUUAACUUUAAGUUUCAAGUGUACGGCAAAAAGAUUUAGAGAUAAAUGGCAGCCCAAGGAAACACGCAGAAGAUUUUCCCGUCAUCCCACAAAACGGUGGUGAUCCUGGACCACAGUCCUUUCAUGUCAGAACCAUGUGGGCAGACUGUGGACUUCGACAUUCUCCCAAAGUCACGUGCCGCUCCAGGAAUCAUCCCCCUGGCACCCCUGGCCAAGUCCCUGUGGACCUGCACUGUGGAGGCAGCUUCUGAAUAUGCAAGGGUCGUGUAUGAUGUCUACCCACCCAGGUCCAGGGAUAAACUGCUGAAAUUUGUGAUCACUGACACAGAAGCCAGGUCUCUUAACAGCUGGAUGGAAGAAGAGCAGUCUUUAUCUAACGUUCUUCAAGGCCUUGCGGUUGUUGGGCCACCCUCAGACUCUGACGAUGCUGAGAACUGCAGUGUGAUGCACGGCCUGGCCAUGGCUGUGGAGUCCCUGUGUGAGGGGAGUGAGAAACAGCUGGAACUCAGGGCCUCCCUGGCUGAUCCUGAGGAACCUGUAGUCAACAAGGGCAGGGUGGUCUGCAUCACCACUGUCAAAAGCCAAGGCCAUAUCCAAAUGUUGGAGGAGUGUAUGCAGGAGGCCAUUGUACAGCACAACAAAAUAGCAGAAGCAGCUGAUAAGUUACCCAUCACCCAUUGUGAACUGGUGUUGAUUCACACUGUCCCAGUAGGGGCAGACAACAACAUACAAGAUCAACCUAACAAAGAGGUGUCCUCGCUGUUGUCCUGUGAGGUCCACUCGGUGCACUCAGGCAGGCACAUUGCAGCCAAGCUGGCCUUACUGGUACAGAAGCACUUCCACCUGACUUCUACCACCAUCACAGGCAUACCCAUGAAGGAGGAGCAAAAUGCGUCAACCUCAGCAAACUACGAUGUGGAGAUCUUACACAGCAAAGACGCACACAUUGAGAUCCUUAAAAUGGGCUAUGACUCCAGUGGCUUUGCCUGUAGUAAGGACAGUUUUGGCAGAGAGACUGUCAUCUUGAAGUGGUGCACUCCUAAGACUAAUAUUGUUGAACUUCAGUACUGCACAGGAGCAUACAGGAUCACCCCUGCAGAUGUUAACAGCAGACCUUCCUCCUGCCUCACCAACUUUCUCCUGAAUGGUCGAGCAGUGAUGCUGGAACAGCCCAGGAAGUCUGGGUCAAAGGUUAUCUCCCACAUGCUGGCCAGUCACGGUGGAGAAAUCUUCCUCCACUGUCUGGGCACAGGAAGAUCCCCCCUGGAGGACCCCCCCUCCAUCAGCGAGGGGGCCGGGGGGAGGGUCACUGACUACAGAAUAACUGACUAUGGAGAUUUCAUGAAGGAAAACAGACUGAUGCCGUACCCUGUACCACAGGAGGGACAUAUCCUGCCGAAGAAAGAAGCUACUGCCGUGUUAGAGAGAACCACCCGCUACUGGCCCCUGGUCAUUAGUGACACCAUCAUCUUCAACAUGGCUUCUCACAUUGAUCCAUUACCAACACUCAUCACUAAGGCAGCACUGACAGAGGACGAUGUGUUGGAAUGCCAGAAGUCAAUCUAUCACUUGGUUGGAAUGGAGUCCAGAAGUGAACCCCUCCCCAUACCUGCCAUGGGCACCAGAGGGAAAGGACCCAAGAGAGAUGAACAGUACAGACAGAUGUGGGCAGAGCUGGACACCCUGUUACGAGCUCACGCCUCCACGUCCAUCAACCACCAGAAAGUCCUGGAGUGUCUGCAGGAGAUCAGGAGACCGGCGGAGGAGGCUAAAGAAAGCUCAAGGAAAGCAGGGAAGAAGGAGGAAGUGGUGGUGAAGGAAGAGAGGGUGAUGACAGAGCAGAGUACAGCUGAGCUGGCCUGGCAGGAGAUACAGAGAUACAAGGCGAUGUCAGAAAGAGAGAGGUCUGACUUUGAGAGAGGGAACACUAACAACGACCACUUCAGACACAGACAGCAGACUGAGUUGUCCUCACCUCCCAUCAAGAAACUCAAGACUUCUCUGGAAGAUUCACAAGGAAAACAACAAGGUGGACCGCCAUCCCUACUGGCCAUUUGGACCAGUAGAAUCAAGAGUAAAUACGCCUCUCGGCACUGUGAGUUUGCAGGCAGGCUGACGGCUGAAGGGAACAAGGCUGAGCUGUACGUUAACCUACAGAAGGACAGCACCAAUGGGACCUCUGACAAGCCCAGUGGUGUGAAACAGGAAAAGAGGGGACCCUGAUCCAAUCCAACAUGAGAUCAUUGUAUAAUUUUGUACAGUACCGGUACAUCUGUCUCCAUUUCAGCUUCAGUUUAUCACCAGACAUUCCACAGGAAAGGACAAUGCUAGGAAACUUGUGCUGUCUAUCAAUCCUUUGUAAAGUAUUGCACCUGCUGUAUAGUAGAUGAAUGCCGGUACUGUUAACAUGACUUUAAAACCUCAGAAGCUUGUACCCCAGAUCUGUCUUAAGCCUGAGUCAAAGCAUCUAGGAUAAGAAUAUAUUUCCUGCCAACAGCACUCCAGAAACCUUGUAAAUAAAACUAUCUUAUCCAUG